AUGACGGUCAUCGCCGAGACCAGCGCCCUCAUCGCUGGCUUCCAGAUGAUCAUGUUCUACGAGCUACCCCAGCCCUCGCUGACCGAGUACGAGUUCAGCUCUGUCCUCCUCGCAGUCUGGGGCCUCCUCUGCCUUUUCGUCGCUUGCACCAACUUGUGCGUGCUGUUUGCGGCCAUGAUCAUAGCAGUGAACAUGCUCGACGCCUCGUCCCACGAGACCGUCGGAGGAGCUACCUCGCCGCAAGGGAGGAGGGCGCCGUUCUCUCGGGACAACCCUGACGGCUUCAUUGAUGACGCUCAGGGGAUGGAGAUACUGUGGCAGGUGCGGCAUGAGAAACGCUACAUCCAGGUCCUGAACCUGUUCGCGGUCUCCAUCCCAUUCUUUGUCAUCAACGUUGGCAUCACGACUUUUGUCAAGUUUUAUUCUUCAACGUGUUGUCUUGUGGUGGAAGUUUCAUUCCCCAGCGAUGGAGCAUUUGAGAUGGCCAUCGAUGCAGGGAAAAUCUUGAACUCCCCUACCGAAAGGUCUGUCAUUGUGAAUGUCUGGUGA